GGAAACCGGAAAAAGAAAAGUAUUUUAGAAGGAUGGCGGUAGAUUUGGAACAUGGUUAGGGAGAAUAGAGUCCGGCCUUGUUUUUCUAACACUCUGUUUUGAAGCAAAUUGCACUGUAGUAUACAAAUAUUAACAGCACAAGAGUGCUGUGUUGCUUUGUUUAAUCUUAUACCAUUAAAAUAAACGUUCCCCGCUUAUUACUACUUCAGGACGCAUCAGGAUGAAGAAGCAUCUACAAAAUGAACAUAUUUCAGAAGACAACGAGUCUAAUUGCAGCAAAGAAGAACUAGAGGCACGGUUGAAUGAACUGAGAAACGCGGUCAAAAUGUCGAAAAAGCAACUGAGAGCUGUCAGAGAUGAGAUUCAACAGGCUGAGGAAGAUAUUGAGCAGAGCACUGUGCACCGGGACCGACUGCAACCACUGCAGACUGAGACAGGAGAACUGGGUGCAGCAUUGAGAGAACUGGAUAGGGUGAGGCAGCAGCAAGCGGACUUGUCCCAUCAACUCAAGGAGCAAACUGCUGCAAAUCACAGCUCUCUGGAAAGCAUGGAGAGGAAGCAGAAGGCAAUGGAGAAAGACAUGAGGAGGGAGAUGGAUGUUCUGGAGAAGAGACAAGUCUCCCUGUGGGAUCAGAAGAAAGCUGUCAGCCUCCAGUGCAGCAAGAUCAGGGAGUCUCUUGAAGAGACAGAGGGCCUGUGCCAGGCAGUGGAGGAGAAAAUGAAUAGUGAUACCCAGAAGAGAGGAUCCAACCAUUCCCAGAAAAAGGAGGACCUGCUGUUGGAAGCAUAUGUCGCCAACCUGGGUAUCCCUGCAACUUUAGGAAAAGCUGGCAUUGCACGAAGGAAUGCUAAGACAGUCAAGUGAGUCUGAAAUCCACACAUUCGUGAGAACAUCCUCUCAUGCAGUUUUAGAAGACAGAGGUGUUUUCUGUUCUGCAAGCCUACGUGGAUUAUAGUUUUCACUUAAUCUUGGAAUUUACCCUAUUAAAUUGAGUCUGCAAAAGGAGUGGGUUUGUGAAUCGUAGGAGCCAAUAUCUCACUGUGUUUGCAAUAACUUUUGAUUUAAAUAAACAUUAUAAUAGGGAAGUACUGGUAAAGAUGUAACAGAGUUUUUCAAUAUCCAUGUAUGUAAUAUUUAGUAUAAUUUGACAUUUCUGUUGGAAAAUCAGAACAUAUUAAGUUUUGUUGUGUGUUGUAGUGAAAAGGAAUAUCCAGCUUUUUGUUUUCUAAAAAUGUUGUGUUUUAUACUGCAAAAGAAAAUGUAAAUCUAAAGGAAAAUAUUUUACCUCCUUGUAUGUGUAUUUUAAGUUUAUUAAAGACUGAUAUUAGUAGUAA